UAUCACUUAAAUUAUUGGAAUUAAUUAAAUUGGUCUCUUCUACUGAAUGAGACGUGAGUAAUAGGCAACGUCGUCAUGGAGGUCAGCACGUUGCCGGCACGUGGUUAUUACUGCAGGUGCAACCUACUGCUAAACGUCAGGAACGGUUGGUCGGUUCACGGUUGUAUUCGACACUUUUCCAACGUUUUCAGCCUGAUAAUGUAAUUAAUUCAGUACAAGGGAGAUGAAAGUGCUAAAGGGCAUCAAAAAGGUGGCUUUAGGGGUAUCAGGAGGUGUGGACAGCGCCGUAGCCGGUCUGCUUUUGAAGAAAAGAGGCAUUGACCUCAUAGGUGUAUUCAUGAAAAACUGGGACAUCGUGGACGAACAGGGCUUUUGCGAUGGCGAGAGAGAACUCGAGGACGCCGAGAGCAUAUGUAAAACACUCGGUAUACAAUUUAAAGUUGUUAAUUUCGUGAAGGAGUAUUGGAACGAAGUGUUCACAGAGCUGAUAGCCGACUACGAGAAAGGGCUGACCCCGAACCCAGACAUAUUGUGCAACAAGAACAUAAAAUUCAAGCAUUUUAGUGAUUAUGCUUUUAAUCGUCUGGGCUGCGAUACCGUCGCUACAGGCCACUACGCCAGGAAUUCCUUUGGUGAAGAUUUGCAGAAUUUCCACCCGUCGGGAGCUAACUUGCUGACAGCAGUUGAUUCCUGUAAAGAUCAGACUUUCUUCUUGAGCCAGAUUCCUCAGGAUGUGCUUCAAAGGACUAUAUUUCCACUUGGCUCCAUGUUAAAAUCGGUAGUGAAGAAAAUAGCCUUUGAAAACAAUUUUGAGAGGAUUGCCAAAAAGAAGGAGUCGAUGGGAAUUUGCUUCAUCGGCAGUAGAAAUUUUCAAAGCUUCAUUUCUGAAUACAUCAAGCCUAAAGAGUGCAACUUGAUAGAUAUCGAUUCGGGGAAAAUAGUAGGGAAACAUUUAGGCAAGCACUGCUUGACCAUUGGGCAGCGAUGCAACAUUCCAGGCACCAAGAAACCAUAUUAUGUCGGAUUAAAGACAGAUACUCCAGAUAUACUUGUCGCAAUGGGUCAUAGUCAUCCAUUGUUUCAUUCCAGCCAGUUUAUUACGCACAUACCAUAUUGGAUAAAUUCAGAGCCUUCUGACCUAGAAAAUAACAAAAUAUUCCAUUGCAAGUUCAGAUUUCAGCAUCGCGAUAAUGUGUUGGGUAGUUCAGUUAUGAAACUGGAAGACGGCAAACUUCAUGUCAUGUUGGAAAAGCCCGUUAGGGCUCUUACACCAGGACAGUUUGCUGUGUUUUACAAAGGGGAAGUUUGCUGCGGAAGCGCACCCAUUGAUUAUGUCGGCCCUACGGAAUAUUCUUUAAAUUAUUAUGAAAGAUAUGCAAAACCAGAUAGUUGACUUUUAAAAUGUAAAUUGUUUUUAUAUUAAAGUGUUUUUCUAGUCA